AUGCCUGCUCUUCCGGAUAUUUGUUUUUCAGCUUAUCAAUUGACCUAUAACUCGUUGUAUCGAUAUUCUCUGUAUGUAAACUUGGUGAUUUCAGUUGCCUCCAUGAUCCCAUUGAUCUAUUUCAUAGCUUUGAAACUAUGCAAAACUAGUUUCCAUGGAAAUUUAAAGUUUCUCUUUGCAUUUUAUUUCGUUUCAGUUCUUCUGCUUUCGUUAGAUUUGGGAGUUAUUUCGAUUUUAUUAGAUAUUUUGGUUAUUUACUACAUCUACUGUGAUGAGCUGUUUACUGAUAAGACUAUUUCAUUUAUUUUCUUUCCGAAAGCGGUUGCACCGAAAAUGUUCAUAUAUUUCUGUGUCAUGGGAAUUCUGAAUCUCAUCAAUUUCUUGUUUAGUAUGUACCAGCAUCGUAAAAAUAAUCAAAUAAGGAAUUCAAAAAACUAUCUGUCUUCAAAAUACCAAUUAGAAGAAGUCUACGAGUCAACCAAAUUCUCAGUAUCUGUUAUAUCAUGUCACUUCUUAUUAUUUUCUCUGUAUAUUGUUGGUAUAGGAAUUCUGAGAUAUUUCGGAAGUAAGAUUAUUCCCGAUUCAAUCGAUUUGAUGGCAUGCAGAGGAGCUUUCACUACUAUGAUAUCUUUCAACAAUCUGGUGGUUGGAGUGAUCGCAGUUUGUCUGAAUAGGAAGAUGAAGCAAAGAAAACGGAAUUCAAUUAAAAGAACAGUGAGGAUCAAAACGACCGGAAAUGUUGGAGCUCAAAACUAUGAGAAUCAGAUUUUCCGAAUCUGGAAUUCAACUUUAAAAAUGCAUUGA